GCGCGUGCGCAGACCGAGGCCAAAGUUCGCGGGCGGGAAGCCGCGGGCCGAGCCCCGCGGCGCCCUCCGGCGGCGGCAGGCGAUAGCUGGGGUCCCCCUAGAGGGGCGGGGCCGGGUCACGUGGCGGGAAGGACGCGCGGGGUGCGCCGGCCAUGGAGGGUGCGGGACCUGCAGGUCGUGGGGCGCGGGGCGCGGGGCCUGGGGACGCGCGAGGCCCGCUGCAGCCUGGCGCUGUCCCUGCAGCUCCUGAGGCCCUGUCCCCCGCGGGCGGUGCGGGCGACGAAGCGCCGGAUGAAGACGAGGAGGAGGCGGAGGCCGAGGACCCCGAGCGGCUGUCGGGCCCUGGGGGAGGGCGCGGCGGCGGCGGCGGCGGUGGCGCGGUCGGCGGGGCCGCGCCCGGGGUCUGCGGCGCGCUGGGGGGCGCGCUCACCAGGCGCGCUGUCACGCUGCGGGUGCUGCUCAAGGACGCGCUGCUGGAGCCGGGCUCCGGGGUGCUCUCUAUCUACUACCUGGGGAAGAAGUUCAUUGGAGACCUGCAGCCAGAUGGGAGGAUUGUGUGGCAAGAAACUGGGCAAGUGUUCAACUCUCCCAGUGCCUGGGCUACACAUUGCAAGAAGCUGGUCAACCCAGCCAAGAAGUCCGGCUGUGGCUGGGCCUCAGUCAAGUACAAGGGCCAGAAACUGGACAAGUAUAAAGCUGCUUGGCUGCGGCGACACCAGCUGCACAUGCCCACUGCUGCUGCUGAUGAGAGCCCAGCCAGUGAAGCAGAAGAGGAGGAGCUGCUGAUGGAGGAAGAGGAGGAGGAGGUUUUGGCGGGGGUUUCAUCAGAAGACAAGAGUCGGAGACCCCUGGGGAAGGGUGCCACGGAGACUGCACACCCUGAGGCCCCGCCCCCAGGGAAGCGGGCAGAAAGUAAGAUCCGGGUGCCAGUGCGCUACUGCAUGCUGGGCAGUCGUGACUCUGCCAGGAGCCCCCACACCCUGGUGGAAGUAACAUCCUUUGCAGCCAUCAACAAAUUCCAGCCAUUCAAUGUGGCCGUUUCCAGCAACGUGCUGUUUCUGCUGGACUUUCACAGCCACCUGACGAGGAGCGAGGUCGUGGGUUACCUGGGGGGCCGCUGGGACAUCAACAGUCAGAUGCUCACAGUGCUGAGGGCCUUUCCCUGUCGGAGCCGGCUCGGGGAUGCCGAUAUCGCAGCUGCCAUUGAGGAGGAGAUCUACCAGAGCCUGUUCCUGCGGGGCCUGUCCCUGGUGGGCUGGUACCACAGCCACCCACACAGCCCGGCGCUGCCCUCGCUGCAGGACAUCGACGCGCAGAUGGAUUACCAGCUGCGGCUGCAGGGCGCCAGCAAUGGCUUCCAGCCCUGCCUUGCCCUGCUUUGCUCCCCCUACUACGCCGGCAACCCAGGCCCCGAGUCCAAGAUCGCGCCCUUCUGGGUCAUGCCGCCUCCCGAGCAAAGGCCCAGUGAUUACGGCAUCCCCAUGGACGUGGACAUGGCCUGUGUGCAGGACACCUUCCUGACCAACGACAUCCUCCAUGAGAUGAUGCUGCUUGUGGACUUCUACAAGGGCGCCCCCGACCUCGUGAGGUUCCAAGAGGCCUGGAGCCUAGAGCACAGCUACCUCGACAAGCUCAAGAUCUCCCUGGCCAGCAGGACGCCCAAGGACCAGGGCCUGGGCCACGUGCUGGAGCAGGUGUGCAGUGUCCUCAAGCAGGCGGGGUGAGGCCCGCGCCCUCUUCCCACCUCAUCCACCAGGUGGCUCUGGGUGACCGCGGCUGCAUGAUGCAAACGCUCUGACAAUAAAGACUCCAGAGUA